GGGAGCUGCGGCUCCUCGAGUCCAUCUUCCACCGCGGCCACGAGCGCUUCCGCAUCGCCCGCGCCUGCCCGGACGAGCUGGGCUGCGAGUUCCUGCCCGGGCCGGCCGGGGAGGCCGGUCCGUAUCCAUGGCAACAUCACGGAGGCUUAUCCGGCGGUCCCCCCCAUCUGGUCGGUGGAAUCGGACGACCCCAACUUGGCCGCGGUCUUGGAAAGGCUGGCCGACGUAAAGAAGGGCAACACGUUGCUCCUGCAGCACCUAAAACGCAUCAUUUCCGACCUCUGCAAACUCUACAACCUUCCUCAGCAUCCAGAUGUGGAGAUGUUGGACCAGCCGUUACCUGCUGAACAAAAUACGCAGGAAGAAGUCUCCUCGGAAGAGGAAGAUGAGGAAAUGCCCGAGGACACGGAGGAGCUGGACCACUACGAAAUGAAGGAGGAAGAGCCGGUGGAAGGGAAGAAGGCGGAGGAUGACGGGAUCGGCAAGGAGAACUUGGCUAUUCUUGAGAAAAUCAAAAAGAAUCAGAGGCAAGAUUACUUAAAUGGAGCAGUGUCGGGCUCUGUGCAGGCCACCGACCGGCUCAUGAAGGAACUCAGGGAUAUUUACCGAUCGGCAAGUUUCAAAGGCGGAAACUAUGCAGUUGAACUCAUGAACGACAGCCUCUACGACUGGAAUGUGAAACUCCUGAAGGUGGACGAGGACAGCGCCUUGCACAGCGACCUGCAGAUCCUGAAAGAGAAAGAAGGGGUGGAUUUUAUUCUUCUCAACUUCACGUUUAAGGAUAACUUCCCCUUCGACCCCCCCUUCGUAAGAGUGGUGUCACCCGUGCUCUCCGGCGGGUACGUCUUGGGUGGAGGCGCCAUCUGCAUGGAGCUUCUGACCAAGCAGGGCUGGAGCAGCGCCUACUCGGUGGAAUCGGUCAUUAUGCAGAUCAGCGCCACUCUGGUCAAAGGCAAAGCCAGAGUCCAGUUUGGCGCAAACAAAAAUCAGUACAGCUUGACAAGAGCCCAGCAGUCCUACAAAUCCCUGGUCCAGAUCCACGAGAAGAACGGCUGGUACACGCCCCCCAAGGAAGACGGCUAGCCGCGGCGCCGACGGAACGGGACCCCUCCUCCCGACCCUCACCCCAUCCCAACCCGGACUCCACCCCCUCCUCGCUGGACGCUGCGGAAGGACAUGUUUUUUCCCCCCUUGGGACUCCUUCGCCAGCUCUUUGGAAGAGCCGCUCCGAUCGCCCUCGGGUGGGCUUCUUAUAAACACUCAUCGUGAGCAGCCCCCCCUCUCGGACCCUCGCUGGCCGGCGAUCGGCUCCCCUCCCCCUGCUCGCUCUUAUUAAACGGGGAGGGGAGGGAAAGAAUGAAAAAAAACACACACACACACUCACCUAAAAUGAAAAUUUCUCCUCUUCUUCUGGCCGGAAAAUGUCUUCUGCUGCAGUUCUAAGAAACGCCCCCCCCCCCCGCCCCCCCACGAAAAAAUACGGCCUCCUCUUUCAGCGCUGGAUUUAAUUUAUUUUCUUAUUUUCAUGUACACGGCUUUCUCUCUCUCUCUCUCUCUCUCUCCCCCCGUCCUUCCUCCUCCUCUUCUUCCUCUUCUCCCCUUCCCCAACCCUCCUCCCCUUCCUUCCUUCCUUUCCUCCUUCCUUUUUUUUCUUUUUUUCCAUUUCUUUUUUGGGGUUUUUUUUUUUUUUUUUUGGUUACAGUGUAUGAUGGAUGUCUAUGGGGGAAAAAAAAUAUGUAUCUUUGGAGAACAAUUACAUUUGUUAAUUUCAA